AUGGACAACGCCUCGUUCUCGGAACCCUGGCCAGCCAACUCAUCGUGCCUGGACCGGGCGCUGAGCUGCUCCAACGCGUCGACUCUGGCGCCGCUGCCGGCACCGCUGGCGGUGGCUGUGCCGGUUGUCUACGCGGUGAUCUGCGCCGUGGGUCUGACGGGCAACUCCGCCGUGCUGUACGUGUUGCUGCGGGCGCCCGGCAUGAAGACCGUCACCAACCUGUUCAUCCUCAACCUGGCCAUAGCCGACGAGCUCUUCACGCUGGUGCUGCCCAUCAACAUCGCCGACUUCCUGCUGCGGCAGUGGCCCUUCGGGGAGCUCAUGUGCAAACUCAUCGUGGCUAUCGACCAGUACAACACCUUCUCCAGCCUCUACUUCCUCACUGUCAUGAGCGCCGACCGCUACCUAGUGGUGUUGGCCACUGCGGAGUCGCGCCGGGUGGCCGGCCGCACCUACAGCGCCGCGCGCGCGGUGAGCCUGGCCGUGUGGGGGCUCGUCACACUCGUCGUGCUGCCCUUCGCAGUCUUCGCCCGGCUCGACGACGAACAUGGCAGGCGCCAGUGCGUGCUGGUCUUCCCGCAGCCCGAGGCCUUCUGGUGGCUCGCGAGCCGCCUCUACACGCUCGUGCUGGGCUUCGCCAUUCCGGUGUCCACCAUCUGUGUCCUCUAUACCACGCUGCUGUGCCGGCUGCAUGCCAUGCGGCUGGACAGCCACGCCAAGGCCCUGCAGCGCGCCAAGAAGCGGGUAACGUUCCUGGUGGUGGCGAUCCUGGCCGUGUGCCUCCUCUGCUGGACGCCCUACCACCUGAGCACCGUGGUGGCGCUCACCACCGACCUCCCGCAGACGCCGCUCGUCAUCGCUAUCUCCUACUUCAUCACCAGCCUGAGCUACGCCAACAGCUGCCUCAACCCCUUCCUCUACGCCUUCCUGGACGACAGCUUCCGCAGGAACCUCCGCCAGCUGAUAACUUGCCGCGCGGCCGCCUGACUCCCCCAUCGUCCGGCUACGCAAAUGCCCCGCCACCCCUGGCCCGCGCAGGAGGAGCCGCCGCCAGAGUGCGGGACCUGACAGGCCUCCUAGGCCUCCCGGGAAAACUGACUCGCGCCCCAUCCCCUACCUAGCAGAUCGGAAGCGCCGCGGCAGCGCCCGCAGGUUGACCUUGCCCUCCAGGUGAUGCGCGUCCACGCCGCGUGAGGAGCAC